CUCAGGGACACUUGAUCAAUUCCGCCUGGAAGGAUAAUCUUUGGGAAGGCCCAGUACCAGACGGACGCGUCAAGUUAUGGGCACGGCCCAUUGAUCAGGCACGCCGGCUACUCGCAAGUCUCCAGACCAGGUCGGAUUCCAGAAUGAGCUCCACAAUUGAGGAGAGAAUCCAUGGUAUCACGGUAUGCUACGGACGCCCACUGGUGAUGGACAAUAAGAAGUGGCCCGAGUCUCUGUAUGAUAUCGAACGCGGCAGGAAUGCGCUAAGAGAAGCCAACCUUGAAUUGGACCCGUAUCGAGGACACAGGCGCCAGGCACACAACAGAACCCACAUUUGCUCUGGGUCUGUUGUGUUCACUGCCACACCAGGCAGCCCCGCAACAGCAUUGCUGCAGUACCGGCCACCGGCUGAGCAGGCGGACUGGAAGGAGAGUUACGACCUAAUCAAGAGCUGGACGGAGAACUGCACGAAUAAUCAUCAACAAUGCAGACCCUCGAGCUCCCUAAAAGCCCGGCUACCCUCGAGGCUCAUUGAUGUGGAUUGCGAUGGGAGGAAGCACAUCAUAAAGCUCGUGGAGAUGUCUGAUGGGAGUGUCUCGGGCUCAACAUCAACCUCACAGUCGUACGUAGCUUUGAGCUACUGUUGGGGAGCUGCACCUUCGGCAUCAGCCUCUGGCGCUAGCACCAAAUACCAGACAACAUUUGAGAAUCUCGAACAACGAAGGGCCGGCUUUUCCGAGCUUGAUCUCCCUCCCACAAUUCGGGAUGGGGUCACCAUUACCCGACGCCUUGGGAUCAAGUAUCUGUGGGUUGAUGCGCUGUGCAUCCUGCAAGGGAAAGACUCAAAGGCUGUGGACGACUGGACUCGGAGUCGGCAAGAAUGCACCAGAUCUAUGGGGGCGCCUUGCUCACCAUCGCCGCUGCCAGCGCAGCAUCGGCCUAUGACGGCAUCUUCGAUUUAUACGAUCCUCGGCAAGAGGGCCAUCAAGUCGAGCUCACCCUGUUGUCAAGCAACCAUCAGAUUGGCCCAGGCGGCGUCUUCGCGACGUUGCUCGUCUCCUCCGACUUCGGCGGCAAGCCCCUCUACCAUCGCGGCUGGACUCUUCAGGAGCGCAUCCUCUCAUCCCGCGUCCUGACUUAUACCUGCCGCCAGCUACUCUGGGAGUGUCAAAGCGCUACUCUGACGCAGAGGGGCCUCCUAAUGGAGUCUCUCUACACGGCCCGCCUGCCGGACGACUGCCCGGCGGACG